AUGCCACGCGAGGAGGACUACUUCAAGGUGCUGGGUCUGCGGAGCAACGCGUCGCUGCAGGAGGUCACGACGGCCUACGAGGCGCUGGCGGCCAAGUGGUACCCGCUCAACGUCCACGAGAACCCCGAGUUCGCCCACGAGAUGUACCGGAGGGUCUGCGAGGCCUACCAGGCCCUCAAGGCCCUCCUUCUGCCCGGCCAACGACAGCCGCCAACUUCGGCCACUUCAUCCUCUCACGAUGAUCGGCUGGAUGAUUGCGCCAAGCCAGUGCUGGUCCGGCGGCCCAGCCUGGUCAUGCAGCGCGGAACCGAGGGCGGGGAUGGCGAAGGACGUCUUCGGUCGAGGAAGCGACCAACCUCCGCGCCCGUCUGCGCCAGCAAGAUGGACGCCCUCGCCCAGCCUCAAUCGGCCGAUCACAAGCAGGCCAACUUUUCGAUUUUCGAAGCGCUCUACUCCCAGUGGGAAUCUCAGAUGCGCACCACGCUCUGUCUGCGAUGA